UAAAGUUUUUGCUUCCCAUGAAAAAUUCGCCUUUUAUUUAUAUAAAAAAACGCAAUUACUUUUUGGCCAACCCUAUACUUUCGGUCACUAAAAAUGUGAAUAGUAUUCUUAAACCAACACGGACAUUUGGAAACGGAGGUCACCAAGUCUGCGUACUCUAUCUAAAGUUCCAUAGAUAGCUAUGAACUGAUAAAACCAUGAAUUAGAUAAGCCAUGAACUCUUGCAGAACAUGCAAUAUAUUAUAGAUUACAGUUAAUACUGGCCGAGCCCCCUUUUGGACUCCGGGCCCGGGCGCCAUGUACUCUCUGCACCCCCUGUCGCGGGCCUGCGACACGCAGGCGCGAGACGUACACACACGCUGGCGGCAUAUCAGGUCACACGUACGCGCGCACACGCGCAUAGAUGUCACAAGCGACGUAGCAGCACCUCUCCGACGGCGCCGAGAGUGCGCGUGAUAUAUUUUUCCUCGAGCAGUCGUGUCCAAUAUGGCGCGCGUGUUGUGAGCGGCGUUAACGUGCAGGUAAGCCCUCCGCUUGUUACGCGCGCGUUACGCGUAAUCCGUCUCCUGGCGGAGGCGACGAGGUAGCGUCGCCCAGCGGGCUCCGUGACCCGCGAACGUGCGCGAUCAAGCGGUGCGACGGCGCCAGCCGUGGAGCUUUCAAGGUCCGGCGCUAGCAAGGUGACUCCCUGCUCCGAAUAUUUAUCGAGGUAUCUGCACGAGCGUGAGGAGAACGAUGUAAUUACGAGAAAAUAAUAACAAAACAAUGUACAAUGAACUACGGUGGAAAUAUGCCAGAUUGGCAUCAGUAUAAUUCCCCGCAAGCUGGAAUAAGCGACGUGACGUCCACUGCUCAAAAUGUCAAUUCGGGACACUUACCGUUCAUCUCCAGUAUUAAUUCGAGCUGCCCGACGCAGCUGAACGGCCUGAACCUCGGCUCGGACGGACUUGAGAAACACCAGAGCGACCCGAACUUCAAUCCGAGGCAUUUCCAGCAGCAUUUACCGGCGAACCUCUCGCACGGACACAAUGCCACGGAUAAUGCUCCGUUGGCGUCGAUGGUGCAAAUGCAGAACUGCAUUGGUCACUACGGGCCGUCGAGCACGAGGAACCCCAUGGUGGACAAUCUGAACGGCCCUAUGGACCCGAGGAACACCGCGAUGACCGGCCUAAACGAAGAGCUGAGCUACCGAAGCAAUCAGGUGCCUUUGAGCGGGCCUAUGUCACACAUGAACGGACCAAGCGUGAUGAGCAUGAGCGCUCCGCACGGACCGAUAGGACCGCGAAGCGCUAACGCGAGUUCGAACUCGCACGCCGCCAGCAGAACGGGCCCCCCGCCGCCGUCGUCCUUCGUCGCCUGCAAAGCGCCGUGCUGCAAUCCGGAUCCCAAUUACCAGCAAUGGGAGAAGUACUGCUCUUAUCAGAACAACGCCUACAGGGAAAACAUUCGUACGAAUGGCUACCAGGCGGACGCCCGGCGCUUCGGAGGCGACUUCAACUUCAGGAAGGACAACUUCGACGGCAAGGAGAUCCUACCGCCGGCCAGCGCGCCGAACGCGUCGGAUCAUCGACGGAACUUCCCCGACUUCAAGUACCGCAAGGAGCGCGCGGUCUCGCGCAGCUACCCGUCGAACUCGGGCAUGCUGCACAGCUAUCCGUCGAUGCAGAACUACAAUUACGCGGGCGACUAUCAGAAGUACCCUUACCCGAACAUCAAGGAGUAUCCUAAGGCGAACAGCAUGAGCGUUCCCCCGAGUCAGAGCAUGGUGAAACAUCAGCAGGAGCAGAGCUUCGCUCAUCAGCAGAAGUACAACAAGUCGAUGUCGUAUCAGAACAACGGCGCGAUGAUGUCGACGAGCGUGCCGAACCCGAACAUGCUGCCGUCCGCGCAGAACAGCUACUUCAACUCGCAGCAAUACCCGAGGAACCCGUCGACGGACACGUCCCAGCACGACUGUCAGGCGGCCACCAACGACAGCGCGACAACGAUGAUGAACGCGAGAAUGCAGCCGUCAAACAUGCACGCGCAGUACCAGCAGGUCUAUCAGCAGAAGCUAGCGAUGCAGCGAUUUUCGAUGGAGAAUCACCUGAGGGAGAUGACGAGGAUCCCCGGCUACCAGUCACACCCGAAGUACAAGGAGUGCGUCCUCAGGUAUCGCGAGAUACUGAAAUUACAGCAAUCCGUUGCAUAUCAAGGGCAGAUGCCGUCCCAGCCGCAGACUCAACAAUCGUGCGUCGCCGCGACGACCGUCAAUACUGCCGUUCCAUCCAUAAACUUGCAGUUUGAUCAGAAUGGAGUUUUAAUAAACUCGAAUUACAUACCCGAGGGUUUCCCCAGGAUGCAACAAGUGUCGAAUUCUCAGGCGUCGGAUAACUUAGUGGACAAACAGGGCAAGCAGGACGACGGUAAUCCCGCCGAAAUGAUGAACCAUAACGUCCAGAAGCGGGAGCAACUAGUUUCGCAGCAGCAUGACAAUCAGGCAAUCGUUUUGUGCGCGAAAGGUAUGCAGCCGCAGGAUCGAUAUUCCGUUCAGAAGAACCUUAAUCAGAGCCAGUUCGAGAUGCAGGCGCCGGGAAACGAGGAUUUCAGCGAUCUGAGUGCGAGCGCGAGUGACGCGGCCGCGCGACAGAAAAUGCCCAAGCAGUUCGCCGACAAGCCCGAGCUGGACGUGCGUCAGUUCCUGGCGAACUGGGACGAAUCGGAGGACGAGGACGGCGCGAACGCGAACUUGCCAAGCGCAGUCUUGAGCGACUCGACGCCGGUAGUGGUCGUGGGCUACGAGAACGUCGACCUCUCGGCGAAAACCUUGGAGGGCUUGGAAGGCUCCAAGUCGGGACGGAUCACCACGGAUGUGAUAACGUUCGAGAACCAGGAUAAGAGCAACGUCAGCGUGAUGCCCGCGCAGGACUGCCUGACGAUAUCGUACGCGUCGGCGGAGAACGUCGAGGUCACGAAGGACCCGGCGUGCAAGGAGAUCGCGAAGGAGAGCAUCGUGCAGCCGGGAAGUCACAUCAUACAGUGCAUAAGCAACGGGCCGGACGAGGUGCCGACGAUACACAUAGUCGACAACUUGGAAAUAGGCAGCAUCCUGCAGGUCACCAAUGGGCAAGUUACGGAGACUCUUGGCGGGCAGGACGCGCUAUCGUUUUUACAGGACAACGCGAAGGUCCAGGCAAGCACGAUAACUAUCGAGACGGACAAGUUUAAGAAGACAAACGGCAACAGCGAGUCAGCUGCUGACUACAAUGCGAGCAAGGAGGAGUACGUCGUCGAGAAUUCCUCUCCCGCUGAAGCGGUGGAAGGUGGAACGUCACAAGCAGCGCAGGGAGGCGACCAGCGGGUAACCGCCCUGCCUGCGUCCGUGAAGAGCAACUUGGAUUCGGCCCAGGACGUGAAUUUGAAGAAGCAGAACAGUUUCGCGAGCGAGGAAUCUCACAAUCCGGACGACAUAAGUCUGCCGGAUCUGCAUACGUCCGAGUGCACCCCAAUCUCCACUACGUUAAACACGCCGAUCCAUUCUGACACGGAGGAGUCGUCGGAGCGCGUUCAGGAUCUCACGAUAUCGACGAACCCGAUAGAAAUCAUACAAAACAGUCCCAUGAUCAGCUUCACGCAAUCGCCGACGAAGAGCGAGCCCUACGACCACUUGAGCAACGAGGGGGAAGCUAGGAAUAGAUCGGCGGGCUCGUUGGAAAGUCGAUAUCAAGCGGAGGAUCGGAAUAACGAUGUACUCGACCACGACGCCGUUCUUGGCACCUUUGAGUUUUCCGCGAAUGUCAAUAAGGACGAAUCUACUGCGGAAAACGGUAAAGAAAGCGCGAGCCUAAAUGGAGAUGCCGUUUCAGCGAACAAUAGCGGGAGAACGUUCUUGGACGGUGAAGCGGAAAGAUCAGAGGCCACCAGCGUAUGCAUGACUUUGACCUCUGGCGAGUAUGAAUUAAAGAUCGUGUCAGCGCAGAACGUGGGAACAUCGAGCAAGUCUACGCGGGAAUAUAAAAGUUCAUCUCUCGAUUGCCACGCGAAUGAAUCUCAAACUGCCGCGGUAGGUCAGGAUGCGUCGACAGUUGGCAAGAAAUUACAAGUGCUUCCAGAGAGAGGCAUGAGAAACGCGCUGCGAUACGGUGGUUCGAGGCAGCUGGAUGAGGCGCUGCAGAAUAUUACUGGUAAAUCGGACUCGGUUGAACGUCGCGGCGGCCAAGAUGAUGUUCAUUACGACAAGAGAUCUUUGACUGACCUGAAUCGCGAAACAGCAACGAACGAUACCGCGCCAAUAGCUUCUAAGACAGCGGCGGACGAUAACUGUUCAACAAAGAUCGUUAAAACUAAUCCAUCCGCGUUGCUCGGCGCGAAACGUUCGACCUCGAGUAACGAUAAAUUGCGAAAGCGCGAAACGAGCGAUAAAUCCGCGAAAGAGGAUUCUUCUUCCGAGAACAAUGGUAAUAAAUCGUUAAAGAUUGACGCGAAGGACUUGAAAAAUUCUUGGCAAAUUAUAAAAGAUCACAAGAAAUCGAUUUUGAACGAUCAAGCGAAUUCCCAUCAUGCGAGGAAGUGCUCGCCCGCAAAUGCGACGGAAAAAUCCAACGAGAUUAUGCAUCAGGAUAAACAUCGCGGUAAAUCGGAUAUUCUGCGUAACAAGCCAAGGAUAAUUGAUAACGUUAGCAUCGAUGACAGCGGGGAGAGGAUGCGACUUUUGAAGGAGUACAGAAGGAUCAAGCACAAGUCGUCCACCAUGGAGAUCCAAGGUAAGAGCAAAGUGUGCUCUUCCUCCGAUCCCGACGAGCAUUCCGUGCUGCAAGUGCCGAGUGAUAAACAGCUGUGUCAGAAGGAUGGCAAGUUCAAAUUGGCCGAGGAGCGGGAAAAGAAGAACGCAAACAUCUUGAAGAAGUUCGUAACGAAAAAUGUAAACCCGGACUUUGCUAUUCAAGUCACGAACGUUAAUUUGAAACGCAAAGAUAACGACGAGCAGAAGGAGUCGCAGCGCUCGGGGGAAGAAACGAAGAAUAGCGGUCCCCUCGAUGCGAUCAAGAUCGAAAUAAAUGUCUCGUGCACGGAGCGAAACACAACGGAGAAGCUGCUGCAUGAGAAUAUCAAGAACGCCGUCGCCGAAACGAUCGGCCACCUGACCAGUUCGAUAUCGAGCGGAGCGCGAUCAAACUCGGCGAAUUUAAAGGAAAUUCAGUGCGACAAAGACGGUCUGGAUGGUCGUGAGAAACGCAAUCGAUCUCAGCCGGAAGCAUCUACGUACAACGAAGUGCGCAAGGAUCAGAGCAACGCGGAAGUCAUGAAAUACAAAUCAUUGAUCACUGCAUGCAAAGAGGAUAUAGCGAUGGAUGAAACAUCUGGCUCGCUUAUCCCGAGAAAGAAAAGAAGCUCGUCGUCGGAGCGAGAAUUAAUUCACGAUAAUGGAAAUAUCAGUAUUAAUACUGAGACGGCACUGAGCUCCGCGGAAACCCUGAAACCAGAACACGCGAUGGUUAGAAGAAGAAGCAUUCAUCAGGAUACGGAAAGAAAAGCUGUUGCCGCGAACUUUAGUGGAAGCGACGACCUGAAAACGCCUUCGGAGAAGAAGGAGUAUCAGGAAGCAACCGUUGCUUCCGCAUGCAGGAACGUAAGAAAUUUACAAGACGAUAUAGCGUCCCGAUUAAACGCGAUUCCUUCAACCUCCUCGAGCACGGUGGAUCCCAGUUUGGAGAAUGCGAAUUACGAUAACCCCACGCAUUUUGAUUACAAUCACUUUGACGUUGCGCCAAACGAAAAUUUGGACGUCAACGACAAGCGCACUGAUAGGUGGAAAAGGCCAAGGAAGGACGACGGUAAAUUUAACAACUUCGAGCCGUACGAGACCGCGAGCGUGUACGUGAAUCCGAUCUUCUUCAGCGCGGACAAGCUGGAGAAUCUGAAUACAGUUCCUGUGUACACUACCAAAGACGGAAAGAUUACCUACAGUCCCAAUCCCAGAUUCACGUAUCGUGAAUUACUUAUGGAGGCUCGCGCGAAGGACAAUUACGGUAGCGCGCGCGAGUCUUCAUACUUCGCGAGCUCUCCGCUCGAUUACAAUUGCUCGAGGUUGCGUAAGGUAUUUAAGAGAAAUCGUGAGGUCCUCACGGCUAUCAGAAAGAGGUCAGAAAUCGAUUUCGCCGAUGGCAAGCUUCAGUCCGCGGCAAAACACGUUAAUUAUUUACCGAACAAGAACGCCGCCCUCAAAAGCGCCCACUGCGCGAAAGCACGGGGCACGCCGCAUCUGGAGUUCUUCAACGACGACGCGGACAAGUUAUACGCGAACAGGAACAGUCAGCAGGACGGCAAGGAGAGCAACAAGAAGAGCAUCGGCGACUUGAGUUUCCUUGAGAAACAAUACAAUCUGAACAACGAACCUGCGCCCAGCACGAUUAAACACUGCAAGGCGAAGAUGCUCGCGGACAAUCUGAACUACGAGAAAGAGUACGGCGAGAACGUGAUGUUCGACUCGCAUUUAUUUUUGGGAUCGAGAGCCGCCUGUUGGGAAGAGACGAUGGAAUCGGUCAAGUCGUACUCGUCCCACGUCGACAGACGAAACAAACAUCUCAAGGAACUGAACUUCAGCGAGGUGUUCGCCGCCCAGAGACGCCUGGAUCUCCUGCCGUUUCUGUCCGCGGAACAAGAGCCUCUCUCGGGCGGUAACAACGAUCAGAAGACGGGUUAUAACGUGGCAAACGAGCUGAUAUCCAAUCCCGCAGCGUGCGAUUACAACAUCGAUAAUUUAUCCCGAGGUCAGGCCGGUGAGAACGAUCCGACGUCGUGUAAGCAGUCGGACGUUAUUCCGCUUGGCGAACGGAAUGAGUGCGAUAAGCAGAACGCCGUCUCGACGACAAAAGCUGACGACUAUCCACCGGCGGUGACCGACCAGUGUCCAGAGCAAGAAUCUCAACCCGAUGAGAUCCAGUCUGACACGACCGCGCUCGUCGAAGAAGCGCGAUCCUGUUCCUCCAAAGCAGCGGACAAAAAUACUCACGGUACGGAGGAAGGUCGGGGCUCGCCGAGUGACGAUAACGAUCAGGAAACGCUAGAAGCGGAGCACCUAACGGGAAACGACGCGCACGUUCAUGGACAAGAAGAUAAAUCCGCUGCUGAGAGCGCAAACGCGAAACGUGUGUCAAAUUCGAGCCCCACCGAGGUCGCGUUACCCGAAUCAAAUGCUGAACGCUUGUCCGACGAGCCGAAAUGUACAGAAGCGACAGAAGAGUCUGCUUUGAAUGACGCUGACGAAGUCGACGAUUCCGCGAAGAACAAUUCAGACUCUGCGGUGGACGAGACAACUGCGUGCCAAGAAGUCUCGUCAGCUCCGGUCGGCGGCAAAGCGAACGACGAGGAUACGUUUAUGGCGAAAUCUAUUUCACCAGAAGUUGAUUUCGGCGAAAGGAACGAGCAGAAUGGCGCGUGCAGUGAAGAAACUUCUAAGGAACCGAUCGUUCCGCAAGGUUUAUCCGACGUCGCACUCACGGAGCGGCCGCAGCUUGACGAAGAGGACACUGAGCAGCAAUCGCGGAAGUUGGAUGUCGAAAGAGAGGUGACCGAAGCUUCUUCGUUAGGGAACGAAGCAACCAACGUGGACGAGGUGGAUGAUUGUAACGCCGCGAUGACACCCAAGCCGGUCGCCUCCUUGGAUCUGCUAGCGAUAUCGACGGAGAAGAGCGUGUGCGAUUUAUUCACGAGCGAAACACCCGAGCAGAAUAUAUCGGAGUUCACGGUCAUCAAGAGUAUCAUCGCGGGUGACAAGAAGAACGAACACCAGGAGCCCGAGACGAAGGACGGUGCUAAGGUUUGCGACAGCAUGAUCGACUCCAAGUUGCUGUGCAUGGAUUCCUCCGAUUGCGGGAUUUACGCGGAGGACAAGUGCGCGUUGACGCGAAUGUCCGAGCACGAUUUCACGGAGGAGGACAGUAUGGUGCCGAUGGAGUGGGAAACGAGCCAGAUUCAGGAAGACGCCGUGAAUCGUCUCUGCAGCAUGGACGAGUCGUCGAUCGAUUUCGCAGCUGCAGCUGCCAACUCGCUACAGGACAGCUCGCUUUUGCAUAAUUUAUCCCUUUCGAUACCCGUCAAGGAAUCGACAACGCCGGAAACGGCCGUCGCGAUUGAGAGUAGGUCGAGUGUGUCCGCGCCAGCGAUCGAACCGCCGCCGGAGAUGGAGAAAAUGACACCGAGCAACGAGGGAGACAAGGAGCAAGCCUCUUCCAGCGAGCAUGAAAAGAUGGCAUGUUUGCCCGCGACAGACUGCAAUGCCGGCACCAAGAUGGUUCCUAAAUUGGUCAUCAAGAAAAGCGAUAUAGAUAACAUGAUCCACAAAUCGCUCUUAAAGCGCGGAUGCCAACCGAAGAUACCGAAAAUGAUCAUCAGAAACGCGAGAUCCCGUCCAGGAACACCAUCCAUCGAGUCCGUUCACGAGGAGGUUCCCGUUCAGAUAAAUAUCUCAGACCGGAUGUCGCGAGCGAGCGAGGAACCAUGCGAGAACGACUCGGAAAGUUCUCUGCAAGAGUCGAACGAUUACAGAAGCAAAAUCCCGAAAAUGAAAAUUAAACUGGACGACAAGCACUCGAACAAGAUAAUGCGAGCCGAGGACACCACGGAGCUUUCCGUCAAGCGUAAAAAUAUCAAGAAAACCAUUCCGAAAGUGAAGAUAAAAAAUUCCUCGAGGAUCGAUCUGUCGGAUAACUCGGUCUGCAGUACUACUUCUCAAGACUCUAGGAAGAGUCUGGAAAAGUACGAGGAAAAGAUACCUAUAUUGAAGCUGAAGAAGCAGGAAAGGAACAGAUCGUCAUCGCCGGAAGCGUCGCGGAAGAGGCAAGGUUCGAGUCACUCGGAAAUGCCGAGCAAGAAGUGUAAGAGGUCAGGACGCGACGAGACGGGGCAUUCCACGAGACGCGGCAAUUUCCCCGAUUCUCGGACGGUGCUACCGGAGUGCGAAACGAGUAAGAGUCCCUUGGCGUGCAUCUCUGAAAAGAUUCCGAAAGUCAUCAUCAAAAGAACGUCGGCCAGUGCGGAAUUUAAGUGCGAGCUGAGCAAGGGAUGCAAGGACAUUAUCGCGAAAAGCGCAAAGUGGCAGCCGGCAGUCAAGUUGGAGAGAUAUCAGGUCCUGGAUAGCAUCGUGAAGGAUCUAAAAGCAAGUCACUCUUCUAUAUCAGCACGAAUCAUAGAUAAAAUAUUUGCAAAACGCAGGGACAGUCAUCACCAAGGAAAGAAGGAUGAUUAUAAGUUAUCCAGGUCGAGUUCGAUGUCGAAUUUGCUUCCGGUCAAGCACAAGCAGAGGAGAAUGUCGGAUUACGACUGCAGGAAGCCCGGCGACGCUGAUGGUUUUACUUGUGCACUGCCGCGAGACUCUAGUGAUAGUAGGACGUGUACCGCAUCAAAGAAGACUUCAGCAUCGUGCAGGGGUUACCACAGUGACAAUAAACGUAGAUCAAGAUCCCGCGAUAACCAUCCACAGGUAGAGACGGGCGUCACUUCGUCCGAUAAAGAAGUUGAUCGACCAUCUGGAAAAUCUGGCUCGGAGAAAGCAACUCCGCAGCACGAUGAGCACAGGACCGAGAGCUUUGAUACCCAUCAUAAGCAGGCAGCGAAGAAAACCGAGGAUGAAACGGUCUCGGAGCAGAAAUUGGAUCAGAAGAGCGCUCCCACCAGGCACUCGAGCAGUUCUGCGAACUUCAAGAUUGCUCUGAAGGAGUUGAAGACAACGCCCAAGAUAGAGACCUGUUUCGUGAAAUUGCCCGACUUGAACGAGAUAUCUUCCAAAGAGAUCAGCAUCAAAAAGCAAAUCAAGGAACAACGUGAUGAUCCUUUCCUGAGCAAAGAAGAGAUAGUUGCAAUAAAAAAGGAACCACUGAGUGACUGCCCGAGCGACGUUGCCAACAACUGUAAUCCGCGAGGUGACGGCAGUUUGCUCAAGGAUGCGAGCGUGCUGGACACUUUUGAACUGGACAGGAACGCCGUCAUUAAGAUCGAGUCCUCGGACGAGAGCCAAUCGACCAUAGAGAUCUUGCCUGCCUCGCCGGACGGCCCCGACGAGCUAGAGAGCCAGAUAAUCGAAGACGGCGACAGUGAACUGUACUCGGCAGACGCAAUUCCAACGCAGUUUGAGCUGGAGUUGGAGAUCGCGGACCACAGCAGCACGGAUCUGUUGGAUGUGACGAUGCCGAAACUCGAUCCCGUCGCUAACUAUAGCUCACGUUGCGCUCCCACCAAAGAAUCCUGCAGUAAUCAAAUCCCGAAACGUUACAGUAAGUCCGAGCUUUCACCUCGCAGUAAGAAUUCACCCGGAAGAGAUAAACACGCGGAGGUCGACGUCACCGGCAGCGACAAAUCUUCGCCGGACGACAAUGAUCUGAUCAAUUCCGCCAGAGAGGUUUCCCCAAAAUGCACCUGUAGCGAAGAGGCAGAUUCGACGAAGAGGAAUUUCUGUUGCAACGAUUCCUUGAUAAAAGAAGUUUUAGCGGCCAAGGAGACCCUGAAGAAGUGCCUUUCCAAGUCGAGAUGCGAGAACGGCAGCGCACAGAGUAACGCGCGGCCAAAGACGGCCGCGGAGAAGAAGCAGGGCUCGAGUUUUGAUCUCAAACGUCUCUCAGAGACGCAUUCUAAGUCAAGCGAUGGUCCUCAAGACUGUCGCGAUGAUGUUACCUCUCAGAGAGUCUCCGUGUCCGCGGCCGGCAAACGCAACAAAACUGAGACUACAGCCAACACCACCACCGAAAAGUCUGAUCAGAAACAUUCCAAGCAAGGUAAGAGCUGCUCCGUGAGGGAGAAAUCAAGCGAGAAGAGGGACAAAGAGUCCCAUCCUAAGGAGACGACGAAGGACGCGCGCGAGUGCACGACAUCCCUGGAAACGUUAAAGCGGGCCACGUCGAACGAAGGCCCGACUCGCACCAUAUGUCUGGGCGAGAAGAGACGGCACUCGGCGAAUCCGGACAACGGUAUUCUCCAGCUGCAAGAUUCGCAACGGAAAGAAUUGUCGGCCUACAAAAUUCCAAAAAUAUCGCGGUCCACGGAUCAGGGGAGUAACGCCGGCAGCAAGGCGAAGGAUGUCAAGCCAAAGAUGGAGAACAUGCCGAUAUUGGAACCUGAGAUUGCCGUAAGCUUCGACGCGAACUCGGACGCGGACAGUUCCAGGUCACCACCGAUGAUCACGCAUCAGGACGGGGAUCUCGAUGUAGCGGAGUCGAAGCUGGUGGACGAGAAAAUUAUAACGUUGGACAGUAAAGAGACGAACGACAUAAAGGACAUGUGCAAAAAGGGCGAGAUAUCCAUCACCGAUUUUAUAACUCAAUUGGCUUGUCACGAGAAGGCGACGAUAAAGCACAGACGGUACUGCAACUUGUGCGAGAGGUGGUUCCCCACGACGUCGCGGCAUCGACGGCACCUAGCUGGCUACCAACAUCGUCACAUAGAGCUGACACAACGUAGGAGCAUCCACGCGCUGUUCAUGCUCUUCACCGGCAAGCCUUGUCCCAGAUUGCUGCCGGCGAACGUCGCGCGAAACGAUUGUUCCCUGGGGGAGCUGACGCCGUUGCAAAUUGCAGUACAGGAUGUUAUAAAGAGCUUCGACGACGCGCCGCAACAAGAGAGUCCUAGGAAGCAGAACGACGUUGAUAAAUAAUCGCAAGUAAAUUAUCUGGUCUAAUUAUAGAGUUCUGUGAUCGUACUAACGGCUUACGGUGCAAUCUUCUGUGCGAACGUUAUCCUAUUCACGGUAGCGAUAAGACUACGUGAAUAUUCGAUGUAUCGCGAUACUGCUGCUGUUGUUAAUGAGACCAACGUCGAAAUUUUAAUCAUUAGAUAACGAACGCUUUUUAAAAGUUUGCCGAUUUAGCUACGUUAACCGAUGUGGGUUAUCAUUAAGAGAGAGAGAGAGUCACCCAUCAGGGAGGAAGCAAGUUUCUAGCUCACAAUUAGACACUUAGCCAAAGAAUCUAGCAAAGCUAAAACACAUUCGAUUAUUUACACUUUUCAGAAGACUCUGGUCUUUUAUUUGUACAAAGUUUUACGAGUGAUCGCUCAACGUGCUCACCGCGAAGUUUUAUUUAUAUUACAAAGAGACUUAUAUAUAACACAUAGAUGUAUAUAUAUGGUUAUACAUAUAUUUGUCAUUCCAGUUUGCAAAAGUAUAUGCGCUGACGACGAUUACGUUAACGAGAGGUAUAUACGGUUGAAAUUAUAUAUGUAAAACCGCGAUCAUGUCACUAAUAGAGCUGUACAAAGGGUACAACACGAAACAUUCCUAUGCGCGAACCUGAACCUGAGCUAUGAGAUAUUAAAAGAAAAAAAACGGUUUAUAUCGCGUAGUAGAAAUUUCCUUUCGCUGGAACGCAGUUCUGUCCUCGCGAUUUUACGUACCGGUGUACAAAAAUUGUCGAUAUUUUCUCGCACUGUGUGAACCGUGUUGAACGCACGUUGUGAGACAACCCGAACCUGUUUUACUUCAUUCCAUUUUUUAGUAGUUGUAGUUAUAGACGUGAAAUUUUAUUUAAUAAUAUAUAUAUAUUAUCGAUGUUAAUUUGUUUAUAAUAUUUUAUCGAUGUUGUUUUAAACGUAAUGUUAAAUUACAUGUUUGUUGUAAAUGUCAUUUGAUUGUUACGAUAUUGUUUCCACACGCUCUCGCGUACGUUAUUAUCUAUUAUUAUAUUACUAAAAAUUGUGUUAUGCAUUGCGCGAAGGAAACGAUAUCUCAUAGCUCAUAACGCGGUAGUUAAUAUUUUAACGGGGUAAAAAAACCAACUGCGGUAAGCCUUAAAGAAAAUCUCUGGAGGGGAUCCUGUGUCCAGACGCUAGAUAUUGACGAAUGUACAUAUUGCCAUACACAGAAGAGAUCUAUUGAAGCAAAAAGUCCGUGAUAUUAAUAUUAGAGUUUAAAGCGAGGGGGCAAGUCGACGAGCCAACCACGAUCUGCGGUGCAACCUUGUACCGUAGGUCUUUGUACAAACGAGCUAAAUGAAAUGUAUACGUUACGCUCGCACGCGUUACGAGCGUCUCGGGCGUAAUGUUCAGGCACUGGAUAGCAAUGCUCUACACGUGUAUCAGUUCAAAAAAUCUCUGUUAGCACACAGGUUUUAUAUAUUACACUGAUAAUUAUGUAAGCUCCCUUUUCUUCACGUGUUUCGCAUUCGACCGUAUCGAAUAAUAUUUCUUCGAUUACUUCGGGUGACAAGUGCAAUUAUAAGAAGUUUUUGCAGUUGCGUUUUUAAUCAAAGUGUGAAGACGUGUGAAAUUAUAUUUACGGGAGUGUAAAAUGAUUCCUUAAAGCACUAGUUCCUGGCUUUAGGCGGGAUUGAGGUAGAGAUAGCGUUACUUGUUAAGAGGCUGCAAUGAAGUGGUACUUCAUUGUAUUAUUACAUUAUACAUAUAUAUAUUAAUACAGGGUUGGCCGAUUGUAUUCAAUGAUUGUUUCACGCUACCUUCUAUAAUUUAUCCUACGAGGUUUCAAUGUGUCGGAGUGAACGUGCUUUCAUUCAGUCUAUUCUAGUUCUCGAAAAAUUUAACCAAAUAAUAUAAUAACUAGGUAAAUAUGUAAGAGUCUAUGGAUUGUUAUUACAGUUAGUCUUUGUUUUUCUUUAUUUGUUUCAAAUGUUUUAGAUUUUAUUCGCACGAGUGCCUUAAGAUAACACCUAACAGUAUUCGUUGUAUCGUGUGUUAUAUAUUAUAUAAAAAAAUAUAUAUAGAGGUCUAUAUAUAUAUAUACAUAUUAUAUAAAAAGAAAACGAAUGAGAAUCUAUAUAUUUGUACACUUGAGCAUGUUUAUACACGUGUACAUAAUUACGCCUUAGUUAUCGGAAGAGAGCAUAUACUAUAAAUUAAAUAUAUAUAUAUAUUGAAUAUACAUAUAUAAUUAUUUUUGAUUGCUACGUGAGAAGUUGUGAAAAUUUUAUCAGUCAUCAAUCUCUCUAGUUAUGAAAUCAGAAAGUCUUUACAUGAAGCGUAAGCAGAAUGUCCCAAAGUUUACUGUUAUUGCGAGACAGAAUAUAUUAUCAUCACACAUGUUUAAAGCAAGAUUUUUGUACGAUGUAAUCAUACUGCCUCAUUGCUGGUACAAAUGUUACUAUCCCGAAUACAAUGAGUACAAUAAUUCGAUGCCACUUUAUUUAUCUCACUGCACUGAUGAGGAUAUGUGAUCACACGAUGAUAUACGAUAUGAAUUAUUGUUAACACCAACAGCAAAUUGUUGAGUUUUGAUAAACAUCUGCGAGUACAAACUGCGUCCGCUACAAUAAUAAACUGAUUCGAUGGCUCAGGCUGCGCUAUAAAAGCUUCACGUAAACAUACAGAGGACAUAUGAUAUAUAUUUGCAACAUACAUGUAUAUCAAAUCUCAAAUACCAUAUCAAGAGUGAACUUACAAAUGUGUUGCAUAAAGAAAAAAUUACUGAUGAAAAUAUGCAAGUGUCUUAUGCGUGAAUACGAGAUAAUUGUUAAAAUAUCAAAUUUAUUGUACGCUGUUGAUGAAAAAUCCUUUUUUCAAUAACGAUAAACAAAUGUACGUUAAUGUUGUACUAUAACGUUAUGAUAAUCAAAUCCACGAAUAUAUUUAGGUUUACAGAAACAAAGUGGAUAUUUUAUAAAUCGUUAAGUGCACUCGAUGGUAUAAUAUAAUAAGAGAUCGCCUAUGCAAAUUCUACUGCGCUAUGAUUGAACUAUGAGGGUCGUGAAAUUGCCGCCGUGUUUAGUUUGUGCUAUUAAUUAUAUAUUGAAAGAAAAACAUAUAUAUGUAGAAAGUUAUAUAUUGCUCUCGUGACUAAGGCCUUCUUGUGUACGUAUAUCAUUGUUGUGUGCUCGAUGUGCCUAAAUUUUAAAAACGUUAUGUGCAUCACAUCACGUCCAAACGCAUAUAUACAUAUAUACAUAUACAUAUAUGUAUGAUAUAUUGGAAUUUAUGUACAUGAAAUAUUUUAUGAAUCUAUACAUCACUUGUACAUUGUGUAAGAAAAGUUCCUCGAACUAUGUACAAACAUCCAAUUGUACAUUAAAUCCGUACGUUGAUACAGAGAAGCAUCCUAUUCUGCAACGAAAAUUUCGCAGAACUCGAGAAGUUCUUAAGUGUCUCGUCUGUUAAGUUAUACAUAAUAUUUUGCCGCUGAUUUUGAAAUGAAAAAAAAAAACAA